UAAACCGCCGUAAUAUUUGUCGACGCAGGGCUCUGAAAAGACAUCAGCAAAAAAUGUAAACUUUUUAAGAGUUUUUCUUUCAUUGUAUUUGUAUAGAAAACACAAAAAUUUAUAACAAAUUAAAAGAGAUGUCAACCGGCGCUCCGAAUAAUAAUAAUACUGCAUCCUCCAAUAAUAGUGGUAAUAAAACAACAAAUUCAACGUCCUCAUCGAAAGUUCCUGCUGGUAACGAAAAGUCUAAUAAUGCAACAACAACAACACAGAAUGCCAAUACCUCAACAGCUGCCAUUCUCAAAUCGUAUCGAGAAAUUGUUAAAGAUCCCAAAAGUCUUGACGAGGCUGCCAACUAUUUAUAUCAGACGCUGUUAGACGAUGCCAUUGUAGGUGUCUUUAUUGAAAUACAUCAUUUACGCAAGACUGGGAAUUUGACAGCACUCGAUGGAGCCGACGAAGAAGCCGAGACCUCAUCAUUUCGCAUUGUUGAUAUGCCAAAUUUUGAUAUAUUUGGCAUUUCCACCGCCAAGAAACCCAUGGACUGCACCUGCCCCAACUGUGAUAGGCCUGUGUCGGCGGCUCGCUUUGCUCCCCACCUGGAAAAGUGUAUGGGCAUGGGUCGUAUAUCGUCACGCAUAGCUAGCCGUCGUCUGGCCACCAAGGAGAGCAACAGUGCUAGCUCGUCUUCCUCCUCGUCGUACCUGCAAACAAAUGCCGGCAGUGAUGACGAGGACGAUGUUGACUGGUCGUCGGAGAAACGACGCAAGAAGUCAAGUCAAAAUUCCCGCAACAAUGGUUCCAAGAAAAAUAAUGGCAAAACAUUCUAAAACGUUUCAUUCAAUACUAAAAAAAAAUACAAACGUAUGCCAAAUGCGUUUUUAGUGUAUGAGCUUGCUGCUGCUCUCCUACCACCAAUGAACAUGUACCAUGUACUAGGACAAGAAAACAAAAAUUAUUAAUUAUUACGCUAUAGUGAAACAAAAACAUGUAAUUUCUUCUUUUUUUUUUAACAACUACUAUUUAGUUUAAUUUAUAUUAAAUGUAUAUUAUAUUUUAGUUUGUAAAUGAUAUUUAUAUUUACAGUUGUACAAUAUCAAUAAUUUAAUCUUUAGAUUUCUUUUCUUUUUUAUAUAUAUAUAAAUGUGUAAAUUGUAAGGAAUAUUAAUUAACUUGGUAUUUAUUUAGAUUUGUAAACAACAAGA